AUGUCCCCAAUCACGCACAUUCUCUUCGAUUGUGAUAAUACCCUCGUACUCUCAGAGGCUCUGGCAUUCGAGGCUUGCGCCGAUCUUUCCAAUCAGAUCCUCGCUAGUCAUAAUAUCCAGGCCAACUAUACCGGUGAACAGCUCCUCUCCGACUUUGUGGGACAAAACUUUAGAGGGAUGCUUCAAUCCCUCCAAAGGAAACACAAUUUCGAUAUCCCUCCGGAGGAGAUGGAAAAGUACGUCUCUUUAGAGGAGGACCGUGUCAUCGCCAAGUUGAAGGAAAAGCUCCAGCCAUGCGAGGGAGCCAACGAGCAGUUGGAAAUUAUAGCGAAAAGUGGGAAAUACAAGUUGGCAGUCGUGAGCUCAUCGGCUCAUAGGAGAGUCAUGGCAAGUGUCGAGAAGGCUGGCCAAGCGCAAUACUUCCCCACAGAUAAAGUAUUCUCCGCCGCCACCUCUUUGCCUACUCCCACCUCGAAGCCCGACCCCGCGAUUUAUUUACAUGCAUGCAAGACGCUAGGAGUGGAACCAGCACACUGUGUGGCCGUAGAAGACAGCAAGAGUGGAUCGCUCAGUGCUUUUCGAGCGGGAAUACCUUUGAUUGCAUACAUUGGAAGCUAUGAGACUGAAGAAAAGAGGAACGAGAUGGAGAAACUUCUGAAGGAGGUGGGGGCGAAGGUUGUAAUGAAGAACUGGUCAGAAUUCCAAGCAUGUUUAGAUAUCAUCGAGUCUUCCUAG